AUGUCAGCUAACGACGGCAAGAAAUACGCAUGUGGUAUCGAACUCGGUGGUCAAACAGCUUCCAUCGCUAUCUGCGAGAAAGUUGGCGAAAUCAUCUACAAGAAGAAGGGCAUCAAGACCUGUGAGCCAAUGACACCAGAUGAGGCAGUCGCCAACAUUGUUGCUGCUAUCAAGGAGAGCGGCUACGCUAUCGAUAGAAUUGGCAUUGCCUCCUUCGGCCCACUCGAUCUUUACAAGGGCUCAAUUGGCAACACACCAAAGCCAAACUGGGGCUUCUAUCCACUUGUUAAGAAGAUCCAAGAAGCAUUCCCAGAUUGCAAGGUUUCAAUGGAAACAGAUGUCAACGCUCCAGCCUAUUCUGAGUACCUCCACCUCAAGGAGCAAGACAAGUCAAUCAGAUCUGUCGGCUAUGUCACAAUCGGCACUGGUGUCGGUGUUGGUGUUUUCUGUGAUGGCAAGCCACUCCACGGCAGAAUGCACCCAGAGUGCGGCCACAUCAUGGCUGCUCGUGUAAAGGGCGACACAUUCGAAGGCACAUGCCCAUUCCAUGGUGCUUGCUUCGAAGGAUUAAUCUCUGCUCAGGCUCUCGCUAAGCGCUAUGGCUGCCAGCAGGGCGAACUUCAAAUCAUCCCAGAUUCUGAUCCAGUUUGGGAUAUCUAUAUCGAGUACGUCGCUCAGUUAACAGUCACAAUGUCCUAUGUUUACUCUCUUGAUGCUUUCAUUAUCGGUGGUGGCAUCAUCACAGCUAAGGGACGUGAAUGGAUCUUCGACAAGAUCCUCGCUCGCUCUCAGCAGCUCAUCAACAACUACAUCCACACACCAAUCAUCAGCAAACCAUUCCAUGGUGCUGAUGCAGGACUUGUUGGUGCUUGCGCUGUUGCUAUUAACCCAGAUGUCUUUGCUGUUGAGGAAUAA